AUUUCCAUUGAAAUCUGAAUUGGGUCUUCCAUGAAUUGAGGAUAAGUUUGUUAGUUCUAAAAGGUAAGAGAAACAAAAUAAUGGAUGGAUUGAAUCGUUGGGGAGGAUCUUUCGAGGUCCAUGGAGAUUCGUCGGCGAUGGAAGACGAACGGAGCCGGAAUCUCGACUACGACCCGGCGGCACUUCCUCACUCUCAGCAAUUAGAUGAAACGCAACAGAGUUGGCUUUUGGGUCCUCAAGAAAAUGUUAAGAAGAAGUAUAUUGACUUUGGUUGUAUUGUUUGCAGUCACAAGGCAUUCAAGUGGACAGUUUUGUCAAUACUGAUAGCCUUUGUUGUCAUAGCUCUCCCAACCAUUAUAGUCAAGACAUUGCCUAAGCACAAGCCUCAUGCUCUUCCACCAGAUAAUUACACAGUUGCUGUUGAAAUGGCUCUCAAGUUCUUCAAUGCCCAAAAGUCUGGGCAUUUGCCGAAGAAUAAUAAUGUGAAUUGGAGAAAAGAUUCCGGCUUAAAUGAUGGAUCAGAUAAGAACGUGACACUCGUCGGAGGUUAUUACGACGGUGGAGAUAAUGUGAAAUAUCAUUUUCCGAUGUCUUUUGCGAUGACAAUGCUUAGUUGGUCUGUGAUAGAAUAUGGUCACAAGUAUAAAGCUAUAAAUGAAUAUGAUCAUGUUAGAGACCUUAUCAAAUGGGGUACAGAUUACUUACUCCUUACCUUCAAUAGCAGUCUUGCAAUUCCCAACCAAAUCUAUUGCCAAGUUGGUGGGACUAAUGCGAAUCUCAUCAAUUCAACAACCCCAAGUGAUCUCUACUGUUGGCAGAGACCAGAAGACAUGACCUAUGCUCGGCCUACCCAAGUCUGCCAACAAGGGCCAGAUUUAGCCGGUGAGAUGGCAGCAGCACUAGCAGCUGCCUCAAUUGUGUUUAGAGACAACUUGACUCAUCAACAUGAACUAAUCAAAGGAGCCACAGCCGCUUACAACUUUGCAAGAGACGGUGGAAAACGUCAAAAAUACAGUCAAAAUAACCCUUUCAUUGAACCAUAUUAUAACUCUACAGGUUACUAUGAUGAGUAUAUGUGGGCUGCUGCUUGGAUGUAUUAUGCAACUGGUAAUGUAUCUUACCUAUCACUUGCAACCAACCCAGGCAUUUCCAAGAAUUCUAAGGCAUUUUAUGGGAAAGUGGAUUUAAGUGUAUUGAGUUGGGACAACAAAUUACCUGCAGCACAAUUGCUUUUAACAAGAUUGAGAAUCUUCUUAAAUCCUGGUUACCCUUAUGAAGAUAUGUUGAGAAUGUAUCAUAAUACUACUGAGCUAAACAUGUGUUCUUAUCUUCGAAGAUACAAUGUCUUUAAUUGGACUCAAGGGGGCAUGAUUGAAUUGAACCAUGGAAAGCCACAGAAUCUGCAAUAUGUGGCUAAUGCUGCCUUCUUGGCUUCUCUUUUCGUGGAUUACAUGAAUGCCACUGAUGUUCCGGGAUUUUAUUGUGGCCCAAAUUACGUCUCAUCGGCCGAUAUUCAUCAGUUUGCCGUCUCUCAGAUUCAAUAUAUUCUAGGAGAAAACCCAAUGAAGAUGAGUUACUUGGUGGGUUAUGGCAAAAACUACCCCAAGCAUGUACACCAUCGUGGUGCGUCGAUACCCGCGGGCCAAAAAGUCCAAUGCACUGAGGGAUGGAAGUGGCGGAACAGCCCAAAUAAAGAUCCUAACACCAUUAUUGGAGCAAUGGUUGCAGGUCCUGAUAAGUUUGAUAAGUUUAAGGAUGUACGUGCAGGUAACAAUUUCACUCAGCCAACGUUGGCUGGAAAUGCUGGACUGGUUGCAGCACUCAUCUCGCUAACUAGCAGUGGUAAUUAUGGAAUUGAUAAGAACACCAUGUUCUCUGCAGUCCCACCUCUCUAUCCCAUGAGUCCACCACCACCUCCACCUUGGAAGCCAUGAAACUACCAUUCCUUUGCCCCUGGAGUUUUGUGUUACCUUUCUUAUUUGUUUAUGUAAAGAAAGACAUUUGAUCUCUAUUAUGUACUAGCUAUUCAAUUACUUGUAUGAUAUAAAAUUGAAUCUUAAGGCAUGCCAUAUUUGUUUUA